ACACCGGACAUAUCAGCGACAGGAACUAAAUAUGUGUCACUCUUUUAACGAAAUGUCCAUUUAAAUUUGUUUGCGUUUAGAAAAUCUUGUCAGAAGAUUUAUCAGGAUAAGUUGGUUAGGACUAUAUUUGACGAUUGAUUUAUCGUUGUCUGCACAGAAGAGUAGCCUACCUCCGUUGUGAACUUAAGUUAAUCAUCUUAUAUAUUUUUUUACUGAAACAGUAAAAGAUGGACUCAGUGCCAAGUCCCUUCACUCGUACUGGGAGGACUUUCUGGACAAUUUGGACCUACAUUACGGAAGUUGUGGGAAGGUAUUUUAGACCAGAGCCCACUAACAUAGUGAAUAAUGAAAUAAGAACAGAACAGGAAGCCACUGCUGCAAGAGAAACAGACGACAAUGGAGGUGAUGAGAAAAAUUUGAUAAAGUUAACUGAGGUUAGUCCAGAAAGUGUCUCUGAGGUGAGGGAACUACGACCUGCUGUUGCCUGGGAACCGUGCAAUGUCAUAAUUUAUCCAGGGAUCGGAAGAGAAAAUGUGCAAUACACCGGAACCCCCAGCAGAGGGAAUGAUUGUGAAACAUCCCAGAAGGGGGGGGGAUUUAAUCAACAAAUACAUAAAAACACAACACAGAAUGAUACUAAUGAAGAAUUGAAUGAGGGACAAGAGGUCCAAUUAGAGUUAUUCACUGACAUCCAGAUCUUAUUCAAAGAUCCGUCAUCAGAAAGCUCAAAGAUUCGGCCAGGAAAUGGACAAACUGUGAGUUAUAACAGCGCUGAAGAUAAAAUAUCAGCUGGAACAGUUGAGGAAGAGGAAUUCUCUGUAGAAUCUACUAAAAAAUUUGGUGAUGACGGAAACAAACCAGACAAGAAAGAUAUUAGAGAUGAAGAACUGCAUUUUGGUAGAGAGUCCCCAAACCUUACAUCAGUCUGUGUUGAACCUGCCAAACCUUUGGAUAAGAAUGAUGCAAAUGUAAGUAAGGACAGAGAAAUUAUACAAGAUCUCCAAAACACAGAGGAUGAAACCAUGGGAAGAUUCAGUGAAAAAGAUGGAGAGGAAGAAACGACAGUACCCUUCAUGGAUACAGAGAAAGAGAGGUGGAAAGAAGAAAUUGUAUUCUCAGAAGAUGAGGUCAAUAGAGAGGAUCUGUGCGUAACCAAAUACCAAAUUAGUCAUGACGAUGGUGACGUGAAUAUUGGCGGGGACAUAGAAAAUCUUUGGAGUAUGACAGAGAGAGAGGCAAUUCAAGAGAUUAUAAUCAGAGACCAGGAAAAAGACAGUGAUUUUGGACCAUCCAAUGAUUUUAAUAUCUUCGAAAAUAAGGGUGAAUGCGGUGACAAUAGUUUGAGAUUUCAUGAAGAAGCUACAGAAAAUCUUGAUCAAGUAACUGAUCCAAAACCACAACUGCUUUGUGGAGGAUUCUCAGAUGAGGAGAGAAAAUUGGGAAAAGGCCAGGAAAUCUUUGCCCCAGAGCCAGUGUUACAAUUACAAAUGGCCUGUGACAACAAGAAAGGCUCUGUGCCAAAUGAUGAGAUAACUGUUGUUAGAGACAAGCUGAGAGUGGAGUGCAAUAUUGAAAGUAGUGAGAGCACACUAUUCGAAGAAAGACAAGAAGAUGUACCAGAGGAUAAAAGGAUUAAGUAUGGGAGAAGUAGCGAAAUAGAAGAUAAUGUGGUUGAUACUGGGACGAAGAAAGACACAGAGGAGGUUAAAGAUAUAGUGACAGGAUCAAACACUUUCUGUGAUCAAGAGAAACAUUUUGAUGUGGAGAAAAAUAAACUAGAGGAAAUGAAUAUUUCGAAAGAAGAGAAAGGCACCUGUAAUGAAGUUGGGAGAACCCUUAUUUCCAUGGAUGAAGUUGUCAGAAUGAACAAUACAGGAGAAAUCAGAGGUGGGGAAAUCUCAAUUUCCCUUGGGCUAUGUGAGGAGUCUGUCGUGGCUCAGGAAACAAAACAUGUUGCGUGUGAAGAAAUCAGAGAGGAAAUUCCUAAAUACAACAAUGGUAAAGAGCUCAAAGAGGAUAUGGUCCCGGAGAUCCUUGAAGUCGAUGACGACGAACAAGUCAACACCACACAUUUACAAGAACACAUUGAGAGUGAUAACAAAGAGAAUGUUAAGAACACUGGAGCUUGUUUAAAAUCAGACAGUUCACCAGUGAGUGAACUUAUGGAAGGGAAAGAAGAACCAGAAAUGGUCAAAGAAUUAUUUGAAGUUGAGGAAGUUGAGAAUGUAUCUGAUACUGUAAUGGAGGAUUAUACAGUCAAAAAAGCAGCAAAAUCCAUGGGAGAAACCGAAAGAACAGUAUCUCAAGUGCUAAAUGAAACCGAGAAUAAAAUACUAGAGGACCUUGUGAAGAAUGAAGCCGAAUCACAUGAACAAAUGGACAUUGAAAUAGGACUGUUAGAGGAAGCUGCAGAGACAGAUGCUUCUUUUUCAGAUGAAACACUGAGGAUGAAGACUGGAUUAUCCAGAGAUACAGAGGUUGUCAAAUCACAGUUUAGUGAGGGAUGGAUGGAGUCAAAGACAGUAGGAACAAUAUUUCAAUAUGUGAAGGAGACACAGGUAGAAAUGCCAGAAGUGAAAACAGAGUUGAAGACCAUGGAAGACAGCAAUGAGGCUGGAUCAAUGCGGCAAUCAAUGGAGAUGGAUCUUGAAAUAUUGAAGGAAAAAGUGGACGAAAGGAUCCAGAAGGGGGUUGAGGUGGACCCAUCUGUUGUGAGGACAGGGCCAGAGCUAUACACUGGGCUGUUCAUGGAAUUUGUGUCUGGAAAUACACAAUCUGGAUCAGUGAAAGAACAUGAGGCCGAAAUACAAGGUUUGAUGACCAAUACUGUACCAUCAGAGAAAACUGUCAAGACAGAGGCAAAUCGAUUGGAUAAAUUGAUGUGUCAAGAAUCUGUGUUUCUUACACAGCCAGUGGAUUUGUUAUCAAAUGAUUCACUGGAGACAGUUAAUGAAUUAUCAGACAAAUCAUCCAAGACUGGGACUAAAUUACAGGGAAUUCUCGAGGAUGAUUUAACAGAUUUGAUGGAAAAAGGGUUAGACUUAUUAGAGGAAACAAUUAGUGGACAAGUUGUACGUUCAGAGAACACAGCAGCUGAAUUAUCAGAAGGAAAAUAUAAUGUAAAAACUAUUGUAAUGGAGGAUAUAAAGGAGCCAUGGGCUGAGACAGAAUAUGGAACCACUAAAGAGACAGACAGAGACAAACUCAGUGUGAAGUUUGAGACAUUGGCAUUAGGGGGAACACAGUCAGGAACAGUGGACACAGAGGCGGAAAUAUUGUGGGAAACAACAGCAGAGUCUGAAUUAGUGGAGGAAUUACCUGAGAAUGUGACUGGAUUGCACAAGGACAAAGAGGUCAAAAGACAGAUGAUUGAGGCAGAGCCUUUCAUGGAGACAGACAUUAAGGAAUUAGUGGAAUCUGAGGUUGAGGAUUCGGUGGACCUGGACGUUGGAUUGGUGAAGACUGUGGCAUUAUUGCCAGAGGAAUUUAGUCCAAUGAUUGACCUGUCAAAAGAAACAAAUGAAACAGGCUAUGUUUCAUCAGCGGUCACAUUUCAGACAGAGGAUAGCUUUUCAGAAGAGAUGGAUGCUAAUUUAGAAGGGACCAUGUAUGGAUCACAGGAUGACAUGGAGAAAGACAUACUAAAUGGCAGAACAGAGAGUGUAGUGUCAGAGGAAACAACGGAGGAAAAGUCAGGAUUACCCGACAGUUUAACAGAUGAAACGCUGGAGAGUGAGGCUGAAUUGAAGGUGAAAACAAAUGCAAGAUUAAUGGAAGAUUUAGAUAAGCCAGAAACAGGUUUAUCUACAGAGACAGACAAGGUCAAGUCUGAAUCAUCAGAGGGAAGAACAAGCAAGUUUGGACUGAAUAAGGAAAUAGUCAAGGUAGUAUUAUCAGAUGAACCAGAGACAGACCCUGGAUUACUGUAUAAAUAUCCAGAGGACAAAAUCACAUUACAAAGAUUACCAGAUGCUGUAUUACCACAUGGGUCAACUGGUGCAGGGUCUAGAUUAUCAGACAAGAUCAAACAGGACUCAUCAGAUGAAUCACUGGGGACUAAGGCCAGAUCACUUAAAAUAUCAGAGGCUGGAUUAUUUGAAAAAUCUUUGGACUGUGAGGCUGGAUUACAGAAGCCAGACACAGAAAUAUCAGAUGUGGAAAAAGGAUUGUCAGAGGAGACGGUAGACACUGGAUUAGCAGAGAAAAAAGAUGGGACGAAAUUUGUGAAAUAUAUUGAGGAUGAAUUAUUUGAAGAAUCGCUGAACAGCAAGGCUGGAUUUAACGAAGUUUACAAAGAAAUACCAGAUGUGGAGAAAGAAUAUGGAUUACCAGAGGAGACUGUAGACAAAUCAAAUGUGACAGUCAAAGAAUUUGUUAAAAACACAGAGGCUGUACAAAAGAUAGAGCUAGAGGCUGAAGUUUCAGAUGAGUCAACAGUGACUGGAGAUCAAUUAGUAGAGAAGACUGAAGAAAACACGGCAAAUAAAUUGUUGGAAAUUCAUGUAGGAUUAUUCUGGGAAACUUCGAUAACAGAGGAAGAGACUUCGGUAACAGAGGAAGUUGUGGAGACAGGGCCCCAGAAGGGCUUACCGGAGCAAACAGAUUUGGGAUCACAGGUCCUAUUACAAGAGGUCGAGGUUGGAGUACCUGAGAAAUCUGAGGUUGGCUGGUUGGAAAAAAAGGUGGAGACAGAUGCAGGAGUUCCAGAGGAAAACAGAGGGGAUGAUGCAAAAGCAGGAACUGAAAAAAUUUACGAAAACUUUACGCUCCAGUUUGAUGCCUCUGAUUUGGACUUCACUGCUCAAAAGGCUCGUAUUGCCCUAAAAAAUCCACAAGCUCGUCCCCCAAGGGACCCCCGUACUCUUCUGAAUAUGCCGUCUUUGACCCCAUCCCCUUCAAAACCUGUUGUACAAGUGCCAGUCAGAGGUCCGACAGGGACUCCAAUGGGAGGCAUCGGAAUCAAACUGCCUGGACUUGGUGCAGGGUUCCCUGUCUUAAGAAAGACAGAAAAGGAAGUGAGAAGUGAACAAAACAUCCCCCAGAAAUCUGAAAUAGAGCAAGUAAGGGAUGAAUCUUCCAGGAAAGAAGAGACGCAAAACAAUCAAGAUGAGCGCAAAACCAAAUGGACACCUCCCAGACAGCCUGGAUUUGGAAAUCCCCUAAUGAUGAACGAGCUGAAAAACAAGCUGAAGAAGACUACAAAAGAGAAAGUAGACGAUUGACCCAAGAAUACUUUGUAGUCCUUGGUUAUCUAAGAGCCAAUGAAGAGUUUUACUUAAAAAAUAUAACAAUGCACAUCAUAUUAAAUGUUGCUAUCUUCAGUAUGAAUAUCUUUGUAAGAUUUGUUUUAAUAAAUAAUAUACUUUUGUUGUA